AUGAUCUCCUAUUUUUUUAUUCCACUACUCAUUUUUUGCCCAAAACUAAUAAAAAGUGACAACGAGUUUCCGUCAUGUGACGAAAAUUGCUUCUUCUACGGCAAAUCGGUAACCUCUGAGACUAUGAAAAAAUGGCCGAAAUCUUGUGAUGUGGUAUGCGGGAAUCUGUAUUUCUCCGCUGAUACUGACCUGAAAGUUGGGCAGCUGGGAAAAUAUUUUAAAAGUAUUCGGCAGCUAAUUGGAAAUAUCAAAAUCGAGUAUUCAAGUUUGACUUCCCUGGAUUUUAUGCCAAGUCGUUUGAAGUUUUCGACAGGCUCCCUCAUUAUUGCUCACAACCCAUUAUUAACUAGUAUCUAUAAUUCAAUUGAUUGGUGGUCGCAGGAGACUAGCAAGUGGGAUAUUAUAAACAACACAAAAUUGGAUGUUGGAAUAGUUUGUCGAGUUGCUGAACGGGAUAUUUAUGCCGAUUUUAACGCGUAUGGAAAUAGAAAAGUUGUGGCUGCCGAUUCAUACAAAUCAACUACAACUCAGUUUCCUACUAUUCAAACUGCACUUCAAUAGUCGGAUCUGAAAAUAAUGGGCUUAAAAUCACCAAUAUCUCAGACCACUCCAGCUUAAGCUCCUUGAGCCUGCUGAAAAAGCUAAAUGGCAUGCUGGAAAUAUAUGAAACUGGACUGGAAAAUGUCUCGUUUCUGGGAAAUUUGGAAACGCAUAACGGGAAAAAUGGAGGACUCCCGGAGAAGUAUUGGAGUUUUAAUUUUACAAGUAUUCAUGAUAAUCCAAAUUUGAGACGACUCGGGUUGGAUUCUUUGAAGCAGCUUGGUCCUGCUGGAAAAUUCACCAUCCACAUUGCAAAUAACCAUCCCGACUUUUGCCUGUCAACUUCGGAGCUUCAAGUUUUCGCCAGAACUAAUCUGAAAAUUUAUGGAUUUGAAGUCCAAAUUUGCAAGGAUUUAUUCAGGAAAGAUGGUCAGAAAACGUGUAUUUUCAAAGAUUUAAGCAUGUUGGAUCCAAAGUGUCAACAUAUUAUUGGUGAUAUUUUUAUUAAUGCGACUAAUGAAGAAUAUAUCCUGAAUCUGAAAAAUACUAAAGUUAUCUGUGGAUUUGGAUUUUUUGGAGCAUUUGGAGCAAGUUGUUACUUUGGAGAGAGGUGACAUACCCCUCAUCCGAUUUUCCUCCAACAAAUUGCUCCGGAAUGUGACCCUACCUCAAAUGAAGAAUCCUCCAUUUUCCCCCACCAAUAAUCCUGUCAUAUGGAUAAAUAAUAACACGGAGCAAAUUUUUCAAACUCGGGAAGCAUGCCAAGAAUUUCAGAAAUUCACAAAAUCAAUUAUAAAGAUUAAUGGAGACGGGUGUAGUAAACUGCCACUUGAAGCUGAAAUUGCCACUAGUACAAGCAUGCCUGACAUGGAUACCACAACUUCUGGAACAACAAUUAAUUUUCCAAUUUUCUGUCUGAUUUUUGCAUUUUUUGGUAGAUUAGUGUAG